AGCGCAUAGUCCGGAUAUGAGUAAAGAGCUGUGAAAUUGUUUCCCUCGUUGUUCACAUGAGUUUGAUGAGGCUGCUUUCACGGGAGAGCCUCCAACACAUACAUCUAUCACCAUGAACUUAGACAGAGAGCAGCAUAAAGGAUCUGAGCUGCAGCUGCCUGGCCGUCUGCGCCAUGCUUAACUGUGCGUGUUAGAAACAACCUGAGAGAUGCAGGGGGCCAUCGCACGAGUGUGUAUGGUGGUGGCCGCUGCCAUACUAAACCACCCCUUGCUCUUUCCUCAAGAGAACGCCACGCUCCCGGACCAGGACGAGGCGCUGAUGGCUCGUAUGCGGGCGCACGAGGAGAGGCUGGAAAUGGAGCAUGCGAGGCUGGAGAAAGAGAUUUCACAGCUGGACUCAAAGCAGGAAGAAAGCAGCUCGGAGGACGGUUAUAGUUGGUACUUUUGGAGCACCGUGUCUUUCGUCAUACUCUUCGUUAUCGAGGUGUGCAGGGUGCAGGGUGGUGCUGACACAGAAGUUCGGCCAGUUGAGGAUGAAGACAUGUUUUCAGAGAGUGGAUCCAUCAGCCCCAGGACGAUGGUGCUGGAUAAGGAUAUCCUGAGAAACUUCUGUGACAAGUGCACCUACACCUCAGCCCAUGAAAACUGGAGGGUGAGGGAGUUUGUCGAGGGUUUUGCCGAUGACUUGCUGGAAUCGGUCAGGAGCGUAUGCGACAGGCAGGCAGACAUGGAAGUCGGGGACUUUGUCGGGGUUGGAAGCAUGUUCGAGUCGUGGAAGGUGUGCAAGCCACUGAUGUGCGACCUCAUAGUGCCUUUCUCGCCUCCAGCUCCGUACUCCUUCCAGUUCCACCUGUGGUGCAGCCCCUCCAGUGACAUUCCUCCGGACAUGCAGGGCUGUGGCCGGAUAAAGGUGACCAGGUUUGGGGAGAACGAGGCGGGCUGCCUCUGCGGCUCUGCUAACCUUGGAGAGGACAUGCUUUGUCUGUUGCAUUGCAACGACGACGCACUCAAAGUGGACUACAGUCCCGAUGAACUGCUGUGCUCCAGGAACACACGUUUCUUAGCCAAAGAUCAAGUCAUGAAGUGGUUUCAGAUCUCGGUAACCAAAGCGUGGGGACGCAUCUCUCACAAAUACGACUUUGAGGUCACUUUUCGCAACCUGGAUGCCGCCGGUGCUCUGAAGAUCAGAUUCCGCUCAGGGAAAGUCAUCGUACUGAACAUCAUACCUGCGGUUCAGCUGGAGGAAACGGAUGCUUAUUUUGUCUCACACUUCCCCUCAGACUGUGACAGCUCUCCUGACCCAUGCUGGCCCCUCUCUUUAGCUGUCUACGAGAGGAAUUUGCUGAAACAUUUCUCUAAACGCCUGCCACAAAAUUCCUGUCAUUUACACUGCCUUCAGAUUGUUACUUUCCUACACAGAAAGCAGACAGCGCUCACAGGAAAAAGUGCCCUCACUAACUACCAUUUAAAGACUGCUCUGUUGCACCUGUUGCUGACUAAAAGACCCUCUGCGUGGAGCAUUGAGAGCACGGAGCACAGGCUUCGGGAUGUGCUCAGCUUCUUGCAGAGGAGCCUAAACGAGAAGAGACUCCAUCACGUUCUGAUCGGGAACAGCAAAGUGCCAGAAAAAGUCCAGGUUCCUGAGAUAAUUCGCAAAGCAGAGCCCGUCAAUCUGUUCCGCUCUCUGGUGUUGCAGAGGGAGCUUUAUUCGGCAACAGUCAGGCAUUUCCGCGAGAUGUUGAGAAAUGCCCCUGUGCUCAUACAAGAGUACACACCGCAGUUAUCAAACGGAGCUCUACGCCACUAGAUGAAAGUUUGUGAGCUGUGGCCGUGUUUCUUAUCGUGACCAAAGCACUGACCGAUCUUUAAAUAUCAUUCAGUGUUACAAAAACACUCACCUGAUACCGAUUACUCAAAUGAGAAGGUGCACUUACAGCAGUUAUUUUAGUUACAGCUGAUAUCUUGACAGUAUUUUUUGCUGCAGCUGCUUUUUUUUUUCACACUUGACAAGGUAACCCGUGUGAAUAAGGGACUCCAAACAACACGUAUGCAGAACAGUGUUUGUCCCACAAGAUUUGAUAGGUAUAUUGUUUACCCAUGUAGUCAUUUUUUAUUCAAUCUAUAGGACUGUUACCAAAGCAAAAAUAAAAUUUUACCAUUUACCUUUUAAAAGAAAAUAUGAUGCACUUUCGUCAGUUGGGAGAACAUUUUAACAGAAAUACCUCUCAUAUAAUGCCGGUCUAAACAGAACAGCAGUGCUUUUGUUUUUAUUCAUACUGUUGCAGAUCUGAUGGCAGCUAUUAAUUGUGCAAUGUUUAAUGUUUUGUAUUGCUUGUUAAAAAGUAUUCGUUUUGCCUGUUACAUUUCUGCUGAGUUGUCUUCCGUUUAUAAAAUGAGACAACCCUGCGUAGUAUGGACAGGAAAACCUAAUGUAGUUAUUGUUUUAAUAUUACAGAGACAGAAAAUUCAGGCAAGAGUCAAUACAUCCACAGUUUUUAUUAGAGAAAGGGCUGAAUCAUUAAAAAGACAUUGAAUCACAUUUACUUCACUGAACCUGAUUUCCAUUAUUGUUUGUAUUUUUCCCUCAAUCACAAAAUAAAUGGCCAAUAAAAACGUAUUCACUGUACCCCUUAAUUGUUAACUCAUCAUAGUACUUGCUACAAUAUAUUUUCCCCAUUUCAUUAAAGUUAGAAAAACAGACAUGACCCCAGAGUAGAAUAACCAAAAGAUGGAUAUGAAUAAUAAAUGGGACGGUUUAUGGUUUUCAUCACUUCUUUUCUACAGGCCAUAGUCAAAGUUGGGUUUCCCCUCCGCGAAGGUCUUGUAGUAGGCAUUGAAGGUUUCCACACUGUGCAUUGUUGCCUUGACAGCCGUGUCCUCAAACAUUAGCUCCGUCCACUUCUUCAGUGCAGGUUUGCCGUCAAGGCAGCUGAAAAGACAACGGGAAUCAUAUCAUUCACCUAUUUACAACACAUGAACAUAAGGCG